AAGGGACAUAGAGACCCAAUCAGCAACACAAGCCUGGGGUAGAAGAAAAGAUGAACUACCGGUUGUUUGGAAACACAAAACCGCAGAAUGGACACUGGAACAAGACCGUUGAGAUUUGAUUACAGCCUUGUUGGAUAAGCAGCUUGCUCUGGUCUAAUUCUGAUUGUUUAUUGACACGCUCAUACUGGUUUCGACACAUUCAACAGUAAACGAAGAAGACCAAAAAAAAUAAAAAAUACAAAAAUUUCUUAUUCUGCCAGCCUGAAAGAAUUCAACAAUCCCAAGUUUUAUUUGUGGGAAGACUUUAUUCAGAAUGAACGUGCCGAAGAGCGGCUAUCGCGUCUUCUCUGCCAAUUCCACUGCGGCAUGCACCGAGCUCGCCAAGAAGAUUACUGAGCGUCUUGGUGUGGAGUUGGGCAAGUCUGUUGUUUACCAGGAGGCAAACAGAGAGACUAGAGUUGAUGUCAAAGAAUCUGUUCGAGGCCAAACAAUCUUUAUCAUCCAGACCAUUCCCAGAGAUGUUAACACAGCUAUCAUGGAGCUGCUGGUCAUGGCAUAUGCACUCAAGACCUCCUGUGCCAAAAACAUUAUAGGCGUCAUCCCUUAUUUUCCAUAUAGCAAACAGUGCAAGAUGAGGAAGAGGGGAUCCAUAGUUUGUAAACUGUUGGCGUCCAUGCUCGCCAAAGCAGGUUUGACCCACAUCAUCACUAUGGACCUUCAUCAGAAGGAGAUCCAGGGUUUCUUCAGUUUCCCCGUGGAUAACCUGCGUGCUUCUCCUUUCCUUCUACAGUACAUUCAAGAAGAGGUCCCUGAUUACAGAAAUGCCAUUAUUGUCGCAAAGUCUCCUUCUGCUGCGAAAAGGGCUCAGUCGUAUGCAGAGCGCCUGCGUCUUGGCCUGGCUGUUAUUCACGGGGAGGCUCAGUGUUCCGAAUCGGACAUGGCAGAUGGACGACACUCUCCUCCUUGUGUGCGCAACACAGGCCACCCAGGCCUUGAGCUUCCAUUAAUGAUGGCCAAGGAGAAACCACCCAUUACAGUUGUGGGAGAUGUUGGAGGACGCAUCGCCAUAAUUAUUGAUGACAUCAUUGAUGAUGUGGAAGACUUUGUGGCUUCAGCAGAGAUCCUGAAGGAGAGAGGAGCCUAUAAGAUCUAUAUCAUGGCAACCCAUGGCCUGCUGUCAGCUGAUGCUCCACGCCUCAUUGAGGAGUCUGCUAUAGACGAGGUGGUGGUGACGAACACUGUCCCACAUGAGGUACAGAAGCUGCAGUGCCCAAAGAUCAAGACUGUGGAUGUGAGCAUGAUCCUGGCCGAGGCCAUCCGCCGCAUUCACAACGGCGAGUCCAUGGCCUACCUGUUCCGCAACAUCACUGUAGAUGAUUAAGCUUAACCUUCACCUCACUGUGAAAAGGAAGUCCAGACAUAGAUUUGAGGAGGUGCUUACCUCUGCUGCAUGUGCUAGAAGUGCCAGGUUUUGAAAACAUUAGUAUGUAAACCAUCAAUAUUAGCUUAUUUGAAUAAGAAAUAAGCUGUUUAAGGCCAGAGUAAAUAUGAAGGCAGUCACACUUCUGCACUGUUAUAAGCUGUGUAGCUCUAAAAGGCUGUAGCAGUAUCAGAUACAUAUGCAAAUGUCUUGAGUGUUGUUCUGUUGCUUGCUGAAGUAGUCUGAUCAUUAAAGGCAUUUGGUCAAAUUGUUCAAUAUUUAGUUCAAUAGGAACUAAAACUAUAGAGCUAUUGAUAAGCGUCAUGCUGAUUUGUUCAUUUACAAUGGUUUAGCUUUUGAUUCCAAAAAUAUACAAAUAAAAUGUGAGGGGAAAGAAACGUGCAUGUCUUUGCAUCUACGCCUUGUGGGUCAUCUUAUUGUUUUCAUCUUGUACACUGGGGUAGAGUCGUUUUCAGACUUUACCAACAGUAUUAGUUGAUUUUGUCCUGAUCACAGUGUUGUUACAUUGAAUUUCUUUAGAGGGUUUUUUUUUUUUUUUUUUUUUUUUUUUUUUGGGUAACGUCUCACCCUUCACUUCCACUUCCUGUUCAAAACUCAUUCCUGUUGCGUGGCAUUCAGGCAGGUGGUGAGUAAGUGUGACUCUAUGAUAGUGACAGCAGUUGCCUUGGCAACCAUAUUCAAAGUUAGUUCCUUCUUAUUCUGUUUUAUCGUUUGGUUUUCCCCUGCUUAUUUGGGCUGCAUUCCUACUAUUCAUAAACGGAUGAUUUUUUUUUUUUUUAAUGUUAUGUUGUUUCUCUAAAGUUUGAAUUUGAAUCAUAUUUUUGUAAAUAAAGAACACGGUUGGAUUUUAAA